AAAUAAACUUAUUUUCUCACUAGUGAUAAGUAAAAAACAGUUUGUGACUUCUUCUUCCAUUUCUUUACCAAGUAACCAUUCUGUUUGUUGUUUCUUCUUUCUUAGUGUAUAUUUAAUUGAAUCUUUCAGGUUUUUAUCACUAAAAUUAAGAGAUCGAAGCAAUGUCGUCUGAGAAGAUGGGACCGGUUGGUGGUGACACGGGAGGUGCAUUCAAUGAUGGUGUUUUCGACGGUGUGAAGAAAAUAACUGUCGUAACAGACGGUACAGACAUUGACUGUGUAUCUUAUAUCAAGAUCGAAUAUGUAAAGGAUGACAAAAUUGAAACCCGUGUACACGGGACGAUUGUUGGUGGAUUAGCAUUUCAACUAAACGAGUUUGAGGUGGAUUAUCCAAGUGAAUGUUUCAUAGCCGUUGGUGGAAGCUACGGUCAUGUUGACCUCUAUAAGACAGUGCUGAUCAAAUCACUAAUCUUCAAAACCUCUUAUGGAUCGGAAGAACCUCUCCGAUACUCGGUGAGGCGAAUUCAUCUGGUUCUCCAAAUGAUAAAGAAUUCAUGUUCGAGGGAAAAAAUGGAGAAAAGCUUCUUGGAUUCCAUGGACGCUCUGGUGAGGCUAUUGAUGCCAUUGGAGUUUACUUUGGAACCGCUUCUGGUGGUGGUGGAUCCCAAAAGUUGGAACUACGCAUAGGUGUGUGUGUCGAUUUUAAUAAAUGAUGUUUAUUUCC